UCCCACACUCUGUCCCGAGCAAGUCGUCGUCGCCUCCUCCUCCCGAGCUCGCUGUUUGAUUCGUUUCCUACCAUCGCCGAUCGCUUCUGCUAUGCCGUCGGCGCCAGCCGUCGUGCCGCCGGAGUUGCCGAAGCUUUCGCCGACGUCGCAGCAGGCCCGCCGGCCGCGCUCUCCGCUAGCCAACGGCUCGGCCGGCGGCGAUUUCGAGCUGCGGCACUGGCGCACGCCCAAGAAGCGCGCGGCGGGGCCGCCGCCGCCCUGGGCGCCUCCGGUGAUCGAUAUCCCCAACGGCGCCGGGAGCGACGACGAUAGCAACAGCAGCGGCGGCGGUGGGCACGGGUACACCAGCCUCCGGGACAUUCUGUCGUCGCCGGAGUACGCCGCGACCACGGGCGGCUCGCCCGCGGCCUGCGGCGUCAUCGGGGGCGGCUGCGGCAGCUGCGGGGACAUACACAUGAUCCGGCACCCGCUGGUGAAGCACGCGGCGUACGCGUACCUGCAGAUGACGCCGUCCGCGAGGGAGGACCCCAGCCGCCGCGGCCGGCGCUGGCGGGGGCCACUCUGCCGCCUCCUGCUCGGCUGCCUCAGCUUCAUCGGGGCGCUCUUCCGGCCCUGACUCCACCGGCGACACCGUGCUUGCGGUUCUUGGUUGCAAUUUCUUCUUUGUCUUCCCUUGCUCUUCCGGUUCUUGUGUGAUUAGAAUUUUUCUUAGGAUUCUCUCUUUUUUUGCGAGGAUUUUCUUAGAAUUUUCGUGCUUUCCCUUGAAGUGUAAUUUGUGUAAAUAAUUUGCUAGGAUUAGGCACAAAUGGAGAUGAGAUUAUAGCAGGAAGAGAAAUGAUUAAUCGCGCACUCACAGCAUAUCAUUGGAUAGCUUGAUUCUGCUAUGAUUUUUUUAGUCGUCAUGAAGUAAUGAUUGGCGCAAUGAA